GAUAGAAGUUGCAUAAGCAGCUUCCCUUUGCGGUGUUUGCCCUAGUAUUAUGAAAGCAUGAAGCUCCAUCUUACACCAUAAGGCUAAGCACACUAGGCCCUUCGCGAAGUCGGAAACUUCUCAAUCAUAGAAGCUUUAAUAAAAUAGCAGGGCAGUAUGGCAUCCUUGGCGACGAUAUGCAUGCAGCUGGCUGUUGUGGCGACAGCCAUCAAGUUGCUGUUAGUGCCUGCUUAUCGCUCCACAGACUUUGAAGUCCACCGCAACUGGCUAGCAAUCACGCACAGCCUCCCGAUUUCCAAAUGGUACGUGGAGGCAACGUCGGAGUGGACUCUGGACUAUCCGCCUCUGUUCGCCUGGUUUGAGUGGCUGCUCUCUCAGCUGGCGAAGCUGGUGGAUCCAGCCAUGCUUGUCGUACAAAACCUGGAGUACGACAGCCCUGGCACGGUCCUCUUCCAGCGCGGUACAGUCAUCGCAACAGAUGUCGUACUGCUGACUGCGGUGUACGCGCUAGCCAGGCUGCUGUCCAAGCCCCCUGCUGCACCCGCUGCCGCCUCCCCCUCCCCUCCCUCCACUCCCUCCCCUCCCUCCUGCGACCCGGCGGGUGUAGUGUUGUUCCUGCUGGUGGGGGGCAACGCGGGGCUGCUGCUGCUGGACCACGUGCACUUCCAGUACAACGGAGUUAUGAUGGGCAUCCUGCUCUGGUCCCUGUACGCCGCCCUCACCGGCCGCCACCUCCUCUCCGGCCUCCUCUUCGCGCUCCUGCUCAACAUGAAACACCUCUUCCUCUACGCAGCGCCCGCCUACUUCGUCUACCUCCUCCGACACUACUGCUUUACUUGUACGGCAGGCGAUUGCAGCUUCAGAGGCAGCAGUAGUGACGUCAGCAGCCGCAACACGGGCAGCAAUGGCGUUUCUUGUCGUACACGUUUGCGAUCUGCCGUACAGCGGUUGGCGGUUCUGGGCGGUGUCGUAAUUGCGGUCUUUGCGGUCUCGUUGGGCCCUUUUGUAGCUCUGGGGCAGACGCAGCAGCUGCUCCGCCGGCUGUUCCCCUUCGGUCGGGGCCUGCUGCACGCCUACUGGGCGGCUAACGCCUGGGCGCCGUACGCGGCAGCAGACAAGGUGUUGGCUGUCGUACUGCCGCGGCUGCUGCCCAGGCUGCAGGCGUUACUGCCGGGGUUGCUGGGGGGCGGCAAUGGGGUCGUUCAGAGGCUGCUGCUGAUGUUGCAGAAGGAGUCAGGGGCGGCAAACAUGGCAGGCGGCCGAGUGGGGGUGUCGUACUUCUCAGUGCUGCCCCAGAUCACGCCGGCUGCAACCGCCAUAGCCGUACUGUUGGCGUUGCUUCCAUGCCUGGUGGCAUUGUGGAGGGGCGCUGGUGACGGCUGCCCAUCUUCCUCUUCCUCAUCCACUAACCCUAGCUGCAGCAGCAAGAAAGGUGGCAGCAGCAACAGCUACAUCUUCCAUAACCUCGUACGAGCUGUGUCGUACAGUUACCUCUGCGGCUUUGUGUUUGGAUACCACGUGCAUGAGAAGGCGGUCCUUGUGGCACUGCUGCCGCUAGCAAUCGACGCCGUACGGUCGCGCACUGCCGCUCGUCGCUUCCUAAUCCUCUCCUCCGCCGGACACUACGGCUUGCUACCGCUGCUGUACCGGCCUCAAGAGUACGGAGUUAAGAUCCUGCUAGUGCUGUCGCACUUUGUUCUGUCCGUACUGGCAUUGAACAAGCUGUACGACCAUGAAUCAGCUGGGGGUCAGACGGCUUCACUACAAGAUCGGCGGCAACAACAGCAAGGGCAGCAACGGGAGAAAUCGUCGCGGUCGGGAGCGCCCCUAACACGCCAAGGGUCCGUUUUAGGUUGGUUGUCUUGGUGUUACCUGGCCGGUUUCGUACUCCUGGAAUUGUACUGCUACGUUGUACAUAACCUAAUUCCUUUGUUGCACGAACGGUUACCGUUCGUACCGUUGAUGCUUACGUCAGUAUACUGCAGUCUUGGAGUGCUGGCGGUGUGGGGGGAAAUGGCGGCGGAGUGGGCGGUGCAGGCGAUUGGUAAAGUGCGCGGUUGAGUGUGCUUACCUAGCUGCCCCGGAUGAAAGGAAGGACCCAGGCAAGGUGGAGACGGACUGCGGGGCAAUGCGGAGCGGGCUACCUUGGAGGGACAACCGCUUUACUCACUCUGUCCUGUGCGUGUAGCAUUGGGGCCGGGUGUAACACAAUUUUGGACC